GAAGAAGAAGCACGUGUCGUCACACACCCGGAAGUCAUGUUCAUUCAAUCUACCGGUUUCUUCAGGCGACAUCGCAGCCAAUGGUAGCGCUCUCUCCCGGACGCACAAGAGAUGUUGCUGCUGGUGCUGGGUGCCCUCCUCCUGCUCUUCUGCAGUCUGGAUGUAUGGUACUUCCUACGGGGGGCCCAGGUCUUCUUCCAGGCGUGGUUCCAACCCCGAAUAUGGGACAUUCUAGCUGAGCAAAGCAUCGAUGGCAUGGUCCUUCCCCAUGAUUUGGACUACAUGGGCCACAUGAACAACUCUCGGUAUCUAAGGGAGUGUGACUUUGCCCGCUUUCACCAUUACAUGCGAAACGGGCUGUUCAUGGCCUCACGCAAACUGGGGGCCAAAAUGGUGGUAGGGGCCUCCACCAUUCGGUACCGGCGCUCUCUGGCUUUCCGUGAGGCUUUUGAGAUUCGGACCAAAGUACUGGGAUGGGAUGAGAAGGCGUUUUACUUGGAACAGCGCUUUGUGUCCAAGAGAGAUGGUUUUGUCUCUGCAAUCAUGCUCUGCAGGCAGAAUGUGGUGCGCUGCAGCCCAGAGAGCAUUAUCGAGUUCGUCUGCAAAAGGAAGAUCGAGUGCCCCGAGUUUCCCGAGGACCUCAAACACUGGAUCAGCUUCAUCUCAGCCAGCAGCCAGGCCCUGAGAGCAGAGAGUGGACUGGAAGAGAAAAACAAGUGAAGCCACACCAUGUGUCACGAGUGUAGUCCCACAUAUCAUUUGAAUUGCACGCACUCAUACAGUAAACAUACAUGCACACGAACAGUUAAACAUCGUAGAGAGUUUUUAGUUGACUUGACAAGAUUCCAUUUAUCUUUCUGUUUCUGGGUCGAUCCUGCCUGCUGUGUAUUUUUGUAUGGUGUGAAUAGAAAUACUGCACUUGGGACAGCUGAAUAUGAAAACUUGAAGUCUAAGGUAUUCCAUGUUUUAAAACACAAUUUAUUGUAUGCAUUGGGAUCAUAAUGAAAGUUCUCUCAGAAGAAAGUAAUACAAGAACGUAGCUUUAUCCUUGCAGCUUAUUCAGCAGUUGACUACGAAUAGACUGGCUUUAGACAUCUUCAUUCUCAUUUAGCAAACUUCAGAUAAGCAUGUAGAGAAAAAAAAAUGUUAAUCUUCCACUGACAUCAAUGCAUGUUUUGAAACAAACAAGAUUUUUCUUUGUGCCUGUUUCUCUUGAUUAGCCGUAGUUCACACUUACAAUUUCAGAGAUCUAUAACUUUUUACGAAAAAAAAAAAUGUAGGUGUGAUGAAAUACUUGAAGGGACAUCGUAAACAUGUAAACACUGACAAUUGUUUUUAAUCUUCCCAUCAGCAUUUUGCACAAAGUGUAACCCAAGAGAGCAGACAAACUGAAUUCCUGUCAAUAAUCUGAAAGGGAAUAUUUGAAGGAUCCUUUUAUCAGUACAGUAUCGUUCUUUUACUGAAUUUAAAAUACAUGCAUUUAAAGGGAGGGGUUCUUGAUUGGAAUAGCAUGUAAUUGUAAGAGGAAGCGCUUGAAUCUGAAUAAACAGGCAUAAUAAGCAAAUGCUAAUACGAGGUUGCUGGCAACUUUUCAGAACCUGCAACGCACGAUAAACACUGAUGUGAGGAUGAUGUCUUGUUAUUAUUGAGACGGCCUUUUCAAGUCUUGAACCUUCCCUUUAAUGCAUCUAAGCUUUAGUUUGUGACCAAAGCAAUGUAUCGUUCUGAAUGAAGAGGAAACAAAAGCAAUUUAUAAAGAUGUAUGUCUAAUCUGUUAUUUAUGUUGUGAAUGCACUGACCAAUCCAAGAAAUCCUGUUCAGUUAAUUUAAGUUUGAAGAUAUGCACUGUCCUUUAUUUUCAACUUAUAUAUAAUUUAUUGAAACUGAUAAAUGUACCAAACUUUAUUUAUUGUGUUUGUUAUUUAUUUGAAGGCAUUUUAAAUUAAAAAUGCAUUGGACUACUAA